GAGUGGAUUCAGAAUAGAGCUGGAAGGGACCUUGGAGAUCUUGUAGUCCAGCCCUCUGUUCAAGCAGGAGACCCUAUAGACAAGUGGCUGUUUAGGAUCUUCUUAAAGAGCUCCAGUGAUGAAGCAUCCACAACUUCUGGAGGCAAGUCGUUCCACUGGUUAAUUGUUCUCAUUGUCAGGUAGUGUCUCCUUAAUUCCAGGUAGCUUCUCUCCUUGAUUCUCACAGUUUGCUUUCGAUUUGUCUGCAACUGCACGUAGGGGUUACCCCCACUAAGCUGUGAAGGGAUCAGUGGGUUGCAGAUGGUGGCAGACAGUUGUGUAGUCAGGGGAUGCGCAUCUUGCGUGCAGAUCGGAUAAUCCGACUUCCCGCUGGAAGGCAAGGAACAUUCAAAUGGCAAAAUGGACCAGCCGGAAGAGAGGCUGUCCCACAAAGUGAGGCGGUAUCAACAUUUGUACCACGAGACGGAUAGAGACUACAAGGACCAGGAGGCGACAGCCCAUUCGGGGAGGGAAAUUGGAAGAACUCUGGAGGAAGAUCCAGACCGAGAAAAGUGGAAGCAACUGCGGGACAACUUCGUCAGGCUGACAAAAAGAAUGAAAACGAAGAACAGGGACCCUGGAUUGCCAGCCCAUUCUAUAAUGCUGUCCUGGCUGGAAGGAUUGAUAAAACACUGGGAAACCCAAGCGAAUGUCAACGGGGCUUCAGGGAAGCCAGAGGAUGUCACGACAGGUCAUCUAGAGCAAGACUCCUUGGAUUCAGCCUUGAAUAUGGACGAAAUCUCAUUCACGUCACACCCUGCAUCCAGGCACUCGGGUUCCUCCUCAUUGAACAGUAGUGAUGAGGACGAGGAGAGUUCAACCAGUAUGUUCACUGGGUCGCCCAUAAAACCACCAGUUCCCCAAUCAAGAAAGAGGAGGAAGAUGAUGCGAAAGGACAAGAUACUGGACACUUUGGUCACUCUAUGCCGGGAGCAACUUCAUACUGCAAUGCUGUCGCCACGGAGCCCCAAUAAUAACAGCUGUCGCAAUGACGAAUACGCAACUUUUGCCCUGGCUGUUGCAGACUCUUUGCGGAAACUUCCACCAGAACGUGUGGAAGCCACAAAAUCCCAGCUCUUCAUUGUGCUUGCUGACGCGCAUUCCCAAGCGACAAAAUCCAGCGGUCCUGGGGAUGCAGAUGCCACGGAGCUUCUUCAGGCAUCCUUGGAACCAGGGAGUUUCUCUAGUGACCGAGGAAUGACUGCUAGGCCACUCAGCCAGGAGCUUCUGAGUUUUGAAGAUGUGGCCGUGCGUUUUAGUGACGAGGAAUGGAUGCUGCUGGAUGCAGGACAGCAGGACCUGUACCGUGAGGUCAUGGCAGAAAAUUCUGGGAUGGUGGCCUCUCUAAUCCAGGAGCUUCAGCCAGAAAUAAGUCCCGAGGACCAGAGGGCAGGAGCAACUGAUCAACUUGAGCAGAAAGCAGAAGACGGAGAAGGGAAAAGCCGCCUCCUUUUCCAGCGCCCCACUGAAAGCGAGCUAAAGACUUGGCGCAGCGUGGAGCAGAGUGCGGCCGCUGGGCCCGAGCAGGAGUGCCAGUAUUCCUUGAAGUUGAUGGCGUUUUCUCCCCCAUCCUUGGAAUUUAGAGAACCCCCCAAAUGUUUGGAAGCCGGAGCUGAUGAAGCGGGUGUGCUACAGACCCGUUUCGGCUUUAGCGGGGAAAUCUUCCCCAGCUUCGCUGACCCCGUGAAUGUAAACACGGAGCUUGGGCUUGAAGAGGAGAGCCUGAACGGGGAGGCCCAAGGCAGACUGGAAGAAAAAGUAAGGAAGCCUCUGGCAGACAUCAAUUCCUCCACACCGAUGCAGGAACCAUCGGGCAGAGUGAAGAUGCUACAUAGGAUGGAGGCCACCCAAGAAGCUGACUCCCUGGGAAAGGCCUAUCAGGGGCCAGGUUCAGGAUCAGGUAACUCAACGCUGGAAUCUAAGGAUGGUUUUCGGCUAGAAAAGCCGAAGGAGGUAAAUCCCAACGGGAAGUUAUUGGAAAGAGCCCUGGGGAAAUUCACCCAAGAGCCGAACGCUCAGGAGGGUCUCAAAAGUAAGCAGGAUAUGGACAGCUUACCGGAUACAAAGUCUGACUUAGCCUCGUUUUGUGACGAGGUGUCUACCAAUGGACCCGUGAAAACCCUCCAAGGAAGAGAGGCCAGUUUUGAUCUCUCUGGAAAUCUUCAGCUGAGAACCGAUCGUUCCGAGAAUCACGACCCGCCGAUGGCAACCGAACGGAUCUAUACAUGCUCCUAUUGUGGGAAGUGCUUUGAGGAGAGUUUAGACUUGGUGGCCCACGAGAGAGCCCACAUAAGAGAGAAGAUUUACCGGUGCUCCCAGUGCGAGAAACGAUUCUCUCACCAGAUCGACCUUCUGACUCACAAGAGGAACCACCAGGAGGAGAAGCCGCACCAGUGCGAACGGGACUGCGCCAAAUGCCACAGGCAGAGGACUUUCCCAAAGGUGACUCGGAGAGCGCGGCCCGGGGAGCAGGCCUGUCAGUGCCCAGUUUGCGGGGAACGUUUCAGCUGGAAAUCCAACCUCAUCAGACACCGGAGGAUCCACACAGGAGAGAAACCCUAUCGGUGCGCGGAGUGUGGGAAAAGCUACACCCGUAAGACGGCCCUCGACAGACAUAAAAGGACCCACGGGGAGAAGGCUUGUGAGGUCGGCACUCCGAGCAUGGCGCAAGCCUCAGUGCUGGUCCUCCUUGUUUGAAUCACGUGAGGUUGGCGAGAAAUGUAUUGUGUUAACGUAUUAAACGCAGAAGGAAGUUCACUUAGCUAAAUAAAUUGGGAUCAGAAAAUUCAUCGUUAAGUGGUGCGAUUGUUAAAUGAGGCUUCAAGUGACCCUGUCUAAUUUUAUGACCUUUUUUUUUUUUUUGCCAUGGUCAUUCAGUGAAACACACAACCUGUCAGGAUUCCAGCAAUCGCUCUAAUGAAAUCAGGAUUCUCGAGCC